AAAUGUUAUAGGUGUCGGUCAACUCCUUAUUGUAAACUUGAUGUAAACAAUUAAUAUAAGGAAAAUUGUUACGAAUAUCAAUAUGAACGCUACGUUUAUUUUAGUUUUCUGCCUUUUGGCACAUAAAAGUCUGCAGCAUAGUCUACCUUCACAAGCCAAGGCACUAACUAAUGAAGGAAAUGAACAAAGUACAAAAAUAAAUCAAAAUAUCACUGACCGCUCUGCCUUUGAGCACCAUUUUCAGGGUUAUAAUUACCAAGGACCCGAUCAUAAAUAUGAUGAAGAUAUAACAAAAUAUCACCAGUUCUUUGGACAGAAAUUAAAUACAACUCAACUAAAUCCAUGGAUGAAAACAACAACAAUAAGUACAACAGCUAAAUCUCAAACAACGACAGAGUAUGUUGCUUUAUCUUACGAUUAUCCUUUAAGCGGAGGCGCGCCUGUAUCUUCAUUUACGUUUGAUUAUGAAGAUUCGCCUAAAGAUGAGUUUGCAAGUGCUUUACCCCUUGGAACGGUGGCACCAAACGAGGAAACAGGAGAUCGAUGGAUAGAACCUAAUGAUAAUGAAACAGAUUUGAUACCAACUCCUGACCCCAGCUGGACCCCAGAGCCACCCAGGGUCAAAGUUAACGAACCCCUGUCGUGGCAAGUGAGCGUGUUCAGUAAAGAGCACCAGCCUUUCCUGAGGAUAUGCGGAGCAUCCAUGAUCAGCAGGACUGUCAUGAUUUCAGCUGCCCACUGCUUCUGGAAGGAGUGCGUGGGACUGCUGCCAGCUUCUCAGUUUGCUGUCGGCGCUGGUGAAGUGCUGACGUACCGGGAAGAUGACUACAGCAGCUACCGGCAGCAGAAUGACGUACGCUCUAUAAAAGUCCCUCCAACAUUCAACGGCGCCGCUAACAACUACCAAAACGACAUCGCCAUAAUACAACUAGUAGGAUCAUUCUACGACAGCCAAGGAAUGAGACCUGUGUGUGUCAGUUUUGAUGAGGAUCUGGAGAAAGAGCAGCAGAAACCUGGAAAUAUUGCCACGACCCUGGGCGUCGGUCCGCUGUAUAAAGAGAAAUUUACAGAGCUUCAGACCCUCAAAGUCCCGUACGUCUCUUCGGAAGAUUGUAAAAGGUCCCUGGAUAACAAUACUCUGCAGGAUUUCACGGAAGAUAAGAUAUGCGCCGGGUUCAAACUCGGGACGGGUCCAGUUUUAGGUGACGUCUGUAUUCGGGACCCAGGAGCCGGUCUAGCUUUCUUCCUAGGCGAUGACCAAGACAUCGCUAAAGGUAUCGCCAUCCCUUUCGUACGCGGCGUGGCGUCUCGCUCGCACCCGUACGAUGCUAACCAGCUCACUCUAUACACGAGUGUGGGUAAAUACAGGGGGUUUUUAGAGGAGAAUAUACAGGAUGUUACGGAGGAGUGUGGGAAGUAUUAUAGGCAGUUGGGCGCGUUCUUGACAAGGAAUCGGAGGAAUUUUGUUUGUGAUUGUUAUUUCACAUUCAAUGUUGACAGUAUUAGUCUUGUAGUACUGCGCACACUUAUCCUCUAUACCGGUUACAAUAUCAUUGAGUGCUGCAGACGAAAUCUCUGGUUCGAGAAGUGGUUCAUUAAGGAGCUUUGCCCAGAAGCAUGCAGGCGGUGGCCGCCAUAUUGCUACUACGUGAUCGCGGCCGAAAAUGGCGUUCCAGGCGCAUGCCAAUUCCCACCAUACCCUGCUAUCGGAAGCUACAGCAUCGUGGACAUCGAGCCCCGCGAGGAGCUAGCCGACUUCUCUCUGCUCUACUCUUGUCCGACUGGAUUCAGUGUUAGCGGGGCGCAUCCUCGCUGCGUCAGCGGCGUGUGGAGUUCCGACUUCCCUUACUGCAGACAAGGCACACAGCAGAUCUGUAAGGGCGACAGCGGCGGAGGCCUGGUAUUUCCGCGCACGGAACGCGGCACCCAACGCUGUUACCUCCGAGGCAUCGUGUCCACGGCUCCCCGGUCUGACUUAACCUGUGGCGCCGGCUCCUACACCGCCUUCACACAUUUGGUGAAACAUGAGGCUGUCGUCACCAAGUUUCUGGACGCGCGGAGAGAGAGAGACUAUGUCAAUGAAUUAUAAUUAUUUAUUCCAUUGUAAUCAUAAAACGCUAUUUCACCACACCAACUGGUAAAGGUUUACUUUGCUAUUCGAAAACAGAUAGC